AUGUUUUUCCUUUUUCUGUGUUUUCCGGAAAAUGUUUUUAACAAUAAAUACAUUAAUAAUUUAUUUUCCAGGUUUACAGCAACAGAUAUUAUAUUUUCUUCAAUUCCUCAUUUUACUGCUAUUUUUGGUUUUGAUGUUCAUGAACAAAUUGUGAUUGGCUCAAUUCAAGAUUUGACAACAAAUAUAAAUUUACGAAUUGAUUCUUUAACAGAAAAUGAAGAAGAAGGAAAAGGAACAGAAUUAUUAAUUCUUUGUGCGCUUUUAAGAAAUUUGCGUUUAAAACAUUUGGAAUAUUUGUUGGAAUUAGCACAACAACAAUAUAGACUCAACGAUUUUCACUUCUCUAACCAAUACAAACUUACAAACAUUGAAACACCAACAAGUCAAUUACAACAAAUAAUAGAAAAAUUGUUGAGGAAAUAUAUACAAAUUGCAAAUAAAUGUAUUUUUACUUUUGAAUGGGCAGAAUGUUCAGAAACUCCACAACGUGUGCGUACUUUAAUUAAACAUUUGGUACGUUCUGUGGCAGAAAAGGAUGUUGAUGUGGCUGCUUUAUUGGAGAAUGAUGGCUUUACUGCUUCGAAGGAGAGAACACCAGAAUCGUCGCAUGGUUAUUAUACAAUGAGAAGAGCAGCAAGUGUAGCUAGUAGCGUCUACAAUAAUAACAACAAUAAUGACAACAAUUCUUCUUUGGGUGGAAGUAGUGGAGGAAUAGUUGAACGUCUUUGGGGUGAUGAUGAUAAUGAUGAUACUGAUGGAGAGGAAAAUAAUAAAAAUGGUGAAGGUGCUAUAAAAGAAUUUUUGGCUAAUUUAAAAGUGGAAUUUAGAAGGGAUAUUGUUAUGAAUGCUUUAAUUCGUCUGCUGAGUUUGUAUUUAUGUGAAUUUGUUCGUGCACAACCCAAAUUUUCAAGAAACGGAUUAGAACAAUUACAGGUCGAUUGUGCAUAUAUGCGACAGAAACUUUGGGCACAUGCUGGGGAUGAACAUAUGCUUAAUAUGUCGAUUGAGGAUGUUGUGACGGCUGCUGUGAAUCAAUGUGCUCAACCAAAAUUAUUAGACCCUUCUGUUGUAAGAGCUCUAUGUGAAGAAAAUUGA